AUGGCCCUGCUGGAGCUGGCACAGUUGCCACCUGUCUAUCCUAACCAACUCAAGAUUUCAGCCUCAGUGACAGUCACCAGCCGUGGCGCACGGACACGCGCACCGCACUGGGCGAUGCGUUGCAGCAGCAUGCGCUGCGCGCCCAGCACCGGCGAGCUCUGGGACGCAAGCAGGGCCAAGCAUUCUGUCCCCAUUCCCACCCACACCUCCCCAGGGGGCCCUGCUCGCUGUACAGCUCGAGGUGGCAGUGGUGGGAGUGAGAGCCAGGAGGAGGAAGAGGCUCAGGAGGUGAGCAGCAGCCUGCAGCCGCCAGCACUCGCAGCCCCAGUAGGGGCCAGUAACAGCAUUGGGGCGGUGCAGCCAGGACAACAGGACUUGCAUCUGCAGCAGUUAGAACAGCCAAGCAGUUACAAGCAGUUACAAGAGCAGCAGCCUCAGCAUCAACUGUUAGCACCUCAACUAGAAUUGCAGCGGCAGCAAGAUGGGCAACAGUAGCUGUCUCAGUUGCAGCAAAAACUACAGGAAAACCUCCAGUCCGAGCAUCAUCAGGAACCAAAACCACAACUGCAGCUGGUGCAGCAUUCAGGACUUGGACAGGAGCAUCAAGAGCAACAGUUGUUACAGCAGCAGCAGCAGCAGCAGCGGAUGAUUAUGAAGCCCCAAGGCCAAAAGCAACAGCUGUUACUACAGCAGCAAGAACGACUGCAGCAGCAGCAGCAAGUACAAGAACAACUUGUGCAGCAGCAUGUGCAACAGCAACAGCUAUUGCAGCAACAAGUAGAAGAACAAGCUUUGCUGCAGCAGCAGCCUUUACAGCAGCCAAUGCAAGAGCAACGACAGUCACAGCAGCAGCUUCUCCAACAGCAGCAACUACUGCAACAACAUGAGCAAUUGCUGCUGCAACAGUUGCAAGAACAAGCAUUGCAACAGCAAUUACAAGGGCAACAGCUGUUGCAGCAGCAUCAACAGGAGCAGUUACAGCAGCAGCUGCUGCUCCAACAACAGGAACUGUUGCAACAGCAGGGACAAUUACAACAGCAACAACUGCAACAGCAGAUACUGUUGCUGCAGCCACAGGGACAGCUAGAGCAGCUGUUGCUGCAGCAGCAGGCACAGUUGCAGCAACAACUGCUGCAGCAGCAGCAGGUCCAGAUACAGCACCAACUAUUGCUGCAGCAAGAGCAGUUGCAGCAGCAACAGUUGUUGCAACAGCAGCAGCUGCAGCCUCCUCCGCUGGAGCCAGAGGAGGAAGAAGAUGUGGAACUGGAGCCUAUGCCAUUGGGCAUAAGGUCAGAGCAGGAGCUGGAGCAGCGGCGGCAGGAGUUGGAGAAGCUGCGAGAACAACGGCAGCUGAAGCUAAAACUGCAGGAGCAACUGCAUCUUCUGGAGCAGCACCUGAAGCAGCAGCAGCAGCUGGAGCAGCUGCAGCAGCUGGAGCAACAGGAGGUACACUUGGAGCUGGCCCCGGUGGAACUGAGCGCCCAGCAUCAGGAGCUGCAGCUGCAGCUGACCUCUGUGCAGCCAGAGCUGCAGCUGGAGCUGGUUCCCACUCCCGGAGGUGGCAUAGCAUCAGCUCCAGUCUCCUACGUGAUGGCCCCUCCAGGCUAUGUGGUGCUGCAAGAGCUCAUGGUACUGCCCACUGUGGCCACAUCCACUAUGGUGACCAUUACAGGCACCACACGGAGUGAGGCUCUGACGCCCACAAAACAGCGGAAGAAGCGACGAGGCAGGGACAGGCCCACCAUCUGCGGGGAGUGUGGCAAGGGUUUCAGCCGCAGCACGGACUUGGUGCGACACCAGGCCACGCACACUGGAGAGAGGCCGCAUCUCUGCAGCGAGUGCGGCAAGGGUUUCUCGCAACACUCUAACCUGGUGAUCCACCAGCGCAUCCACACCGGCGAGAAGCCCUACGCCUGCACCUUCUGCUCCAAGCGCUUCAGCGAGAGCUCGGCGCUUGUGCAGCAUCAGCGCACCCAUACAGGCGAGCGGCCCUACGUCUGCGGCGACUGCGGCAAGUGCUUCAGCGUCUCCUCCAACCUGCUGCGCCACCGCCGCACCCACUCGGGUGAGCGGCUCCACGCGUGCGAGGACUGCGGCGAGCGCUUCCGGCACAAGGUGCAGAUCCGCAAGCACGAGCGACUGCAGCACGGGUCAGGCCGCUCCAGAGGUCUGGGCCUGCAGCGCUCCUCCAGGCAAGCGCCCUCAGGAGUCUCCACAAGGGCCAAAAAGGCUUCUGCAUCUGGGAAGAAGCUCUGAGUGGUGUGAGAGCCACUCACACCAGGACCCUAGGUCAUGAUCUUAACCCCAGUUUGAGGUCUUUCUGGGUAUCUUGAAUUAUCCUUAGAAAAGAAAGACGUCCAUCUUUUCCCAGACCUACCCCCACAAUGCACCAAGUCCACUGAUUCAAUCUUCCCUCUAAACCACGCACAAGAGAGCAACUCCAUGUGGGUGAGAGAGACUACUAAGACUACUACUCCCCGAUUCCGCCCCCCUCUCCCGCCGCCUUCCUGGGAAAACUGGACUGAGAACUUGCCUGGUGGCAAACAACUCCUGGGUUUGAUACGCCCAAACAGCAACCAGCCAAUGAAAUGUGCAGUGUGUGUGGGAGCUGGGGAAUGAAUGGAUCAUUCUGAAUACUUAAGGAGGAACUGAAAAGGGGGCAGAUGGUGUAGCUCAGCUGGCAGAGUGCUUGCCUAGCACAAGGAUGGGUUUCAUCUCUAGCAUCAUAGAAACAUAUAAACGUGUGUGUGGCACAUGUAAUCCCAGCACUUGGGAGGUAGAGGCCGAAGGAUCAGAUGUUUAAGGUAAUCUUCAGCCACAUAGUGAGUUGGAGAGCCUGGGUUACCUGAGACCCUGCCUCAAAAAAGAAACAAAGAAAGAAAGAAAAAAAAGAGGGGGGAAAAAGGAAACUGGCUUGCACAAUGCAGUGAACUUGGUCCAGACAAUAAAUUCUCAUAAGUGACAUAAACCUUGAAAAUACUUGUUGGAAUGAAAGGCCGAAGGGUGAACAUAGUUCUGGUGCAAAUUCCUGUGUUCAUAGACACAGGGUCACAGUGGCCUCGGGGGCAAUGUGCAAAUAAAAGUCAGGAAGUUCUGCUCUGGGUGGAAGGUCGAACCUCCCUUCCUCAGGAGCCCAGCCUACAGGCAUUAGAAGCAGGUUCUGGGCCUCCAUUGCAAAGCUCCCAAGCCAUCUGUACCUCCUUACUGUUCUCCGCUGUAAGAGCCUGUGGCUGAAGCAGAGAUUUCCAAGAAGGAAGGAGCCUGGGAAGAACUUCCGGGUAGUCCCCACUUAGCCUAAGCUGUUUAGGUGGUGCCCAUUUGACCCAGGGACCACAGUCUUCCGGCCGGGCCAUAGGGUAGGGGUGAUUGGUCACAGGAGACUUCACCUCCUGACUGAAAUGUGAGAUGAAUGUUGGGGACAAGGACUGGACGUGUCAGAAAGACUGUAAACCAUGUUUACCAAAUCGUAUAGGGCAGGGACCGUCUGGGGAGGUGUGCCAGGUGGAGAGGGCCCUCCCCAACCCCCCCAAGCCACUUCCUACCCCACGUGACCUGCUGACCCACUGUGGCGGCUUGGUCCUUGCCAUUUCGCUGCCCUCCCUGCUUCUCCUUUAUUAACACAGCCUGGCAAACUUUACACCUGUGUUGGCAAGUGAGAAACAGACCAUGGAAAAUAAAGUGAAGAGUCCCGUGCGUCCUG